AUGACUAUCGACCGCGACAACCACGCGGCGCACGUAGCCGAGGAGGGCAAGUACGAGGCGGACAUCAAGGUGUCCCCCGUGGGCGGGGAGCACGUCGUGCUCCACGACGCCGUCUUCGGCGACAUUACGGAAGACGGGCCGAAUUAUCGGGCUGUCGGAUCGUUCGGCGCGUGGGUCCUCAUCACCAAGAGCGAUAUCGGCCUGGGCGUGCUCACCCUCCCCGUGGUGUUCGGCACGCUGGGCAUCGUGCCGGGCAUUCUCCUCAUCAUCGCGAUCAUGGUCAUGAUGUCUUACUGCGCUGCGAUUAUCGGCCCGUUUAAGAUGCGUCACCCCGAAGUGUAUGCCAUCCAGGACGCGGCCUUCAUCUUUGGCGGCAAGAUCGCCAAGGAGGUGUUUUUCGUCAUGUACCAGAUUGACCUCGUGCUCACCGUGUCCGGCUCGUGCGUGUCCGUCGCGACCGCAUUGAACGCAAUCACGACCCACGGGGCCUGCACGGCCAUCUUCAUCGCCGUGACCUCGGUCGUGGGCUUUACGCUCUGCUGCCUCCGGACACUGAGCCACGUCGCGUUUCUCGGCUGGGUGGGGCUCGUGUCCAUCCUCGCCGCGGUGUUUACCGUCGCCAUCGCGUGCGGCGUGCAGGGGCGCCCGGCGGCCGCGCCCCAGGUCGGGCCCUGGACCAAGGAGAUCAAGCUGUUCGGAUCGCCUAGCUUCGCCGAGGGCAUGACGGCCGUCAGCUCGAUCGUGUUCGCGUGCGGCGCGACGGGUACUUUCUUCAACAUCGUGUCCGAGAUGCGCGAGCCCCGCAAGUACGUCCGCAGCAUGGUCCUCUCGCUGUCCUUCCUCGGCGUGGUGUACAUCGUCAUCGGGUCAGUCGUGUAUCUCUACUGCGGGCAGUACGUUGCCUCGCCGGCGCUCGGCAGCGCGGGCGUCUUGAUGAAGAAGGUGUGCUACGGCCUCGCGAUCCCCGGCAUGCUGGUCACGCUCGCGAUCUACGGACACCUCGGCGGCAAGCAGAUCUUUGUGCGCAUCCUGCACGGCUCGCGCCACCUCGCGCACAGCACCCCGACCCACUGGUUCACGUGGUUCGGCUGCCAGGCGGCCGUCGCCGUCGUAGGCUACCUGCUCGCGAGCGCCAUCCCCAACUUUGGCCCGAUCACCUCGCUCAUCGGGUCCGUCUCCAAGCCGUCGACGUGCAUCAUCCCCUUCACCUUCAUGUGGUGGCACGACAACUGGCGCAUGGCGAAGCCCGAGCAGCGCAAGGAGCCGCGCCGCCGCAUCAUGGCCGUGUGCAACAUCUUCUGUCUGGCCGUCGGCAUCUUCCUCACCGUGGCUGGCACGUACGGCUCCAUCGUCGCCAUCCUCGCUGCAUCCAGCAAGGCCGGGCCGUGGUCGUGCCGGGACAACUCGAACUCGGUGCACCAGGACUAG